AUGACCAAAGACGAUCCUCCUCCUAUGAAGAGUCCUCCCACCUUUCAAAUCAAGGUUGCCCUCAUCGGCAAUGUCUCGGCCGGUAAGACUACUGUUGUCAAUGCACUCUUUCGCGACAAGUUUGGGGAAGUCUCCAUGAAGCGAACCACUGCAGGCAUUAAUGAGUUUGCCAUUUCCAGCCGCAACGAAUGGGCAUUGGUAUCCGAGGCGCCUCGAGACUCUCAUUCGGUCUUGAAGGAAAUCACCCAAGACAACCUCGAGCUACGAACAAGUGAAGAAGUCAAGACCAAGCGCUUCGAAAUCGAGUUGGACGAAGCGCUAUGUGACAUGCGAAAGGAUACACAGCUUGUGGUUGUGGAUAUCCCCGGCAUCAACGAAGCUGACAUGAGCAAAAAGUACAAAAACUACGUUGAGAGUCACUGGAAUACCUUUGAUUGUGUAGUGGUGGUUAUGGAUGGUCGCCAAGGCGUCAACACGGAAGAGCAAGUCUCCUUGCUCCGCUUCGUAAAGAGCAACUUAGAAUCCAAGAAGGACGUGCCCAUUGUGAUCUUGUGCAACAAGAUUGAUGAUCAAGACGAUGAAGAACAAGAGGAACUAGUCCUGGAGGCGCAGCGUGAAGUCGAAAAGAUCUUUGGAGUACCAGAUCGACAGAAAAGUCUUCAAGAGAUCCUCAAAAAAUGUGUCUCCUCCAAACAGUCUGCAGACAGUACCGAGAAACAAGAGCCAACAGAUGAUCAUUCCAAACCUUCCGACCAGGUCUCGCCUGUAUUCAUUCCGAUAUCUGGAAUUACGGCAUUCAUCUUCCAGACUUGCUCCAACAUGCCUCUAGAACGAUUCCAUCAGUUUGAUCAGAAGCUGAUUGCCAAGCUUGGACGCGAUCGUAUUGGAAAGUCUCGAUGGAAGAAAUUGUCCAAAGAUGAAAGGAUCAAAGAGGCCCACGAGGCGGUUUCAGAUCCGGAAGGAUAUCAAGAAGGCAUGGCGGAUAGCAACUUUGACAAGUUCUUGACGGUUCUAUCGUUUCUUGUUGGCGGGAAGGGCAAUCAACAGAAGAUGAUUCAAGAGCAAAUUCGAGUAUCACUUUCAACGAUUUCAUCUGGUCCUGGCAUUGUAGAGAAGCUUGAAACUAUUUACAAGACAGCAAAGGCUUUGCCGUUGGGUGACGCUGGUGUAAAUCCGUACUUGGCAGAGAUCAAGACAACCUUUUGGCGACUGUGCAAGGGAAUGGAGCAGACCUGCUUUGUGAAGAAUACAGCCUCGAAAUAUUUGGAUUCGUUUCUUACUCUUACAGACGAGUUGAAAAAGUAUCGAGACUUUGCGUCGAAAGUUGGUUGGGAUAUCGAGGCCGAUGCAUCGGUUGCCUUUCUCAGGCGUGUAGUUGGUCGCUUCUUGCAAAAUAUGGAUAGUACUCCUGGUUUUGCUAAGGAACUGAAGGCCGUCCACUGCGCAAUGAAAGACGUGUCCUCGGGGUCAGGAGAUUCACUUACAGACGAAACCUUGAAGCAAACCUUUGAAAGACUUUUUCACAAGCUGUCAGAAGAAAAGUUCGCUGCGUUUGCUUCCGCCGAUGCCGUCGGCAACCUCUCUGUCUUGGGGGAUGAACUUGUCGUCUACAGCAAGCUUGCAACGGAGGCCGGCUGGACAAGCGAAAAAUUGAAAGUCGCAGCAAAGUUCAAACAGUUGGUGCUCAGGCAGAUUGGCUCCCUAUGCGAACUAGCUUCCAAUGGACCGUCGCAACAAGUUUUUGGGUACCCCGAUUCCUCCAGACCGGCUUCUUUUGCUGCCUUUACGUGGCUUGAUUGGACGCUUGUUCUGCGCUCGAUCUUGUUGCUUCGAUAUGAUCGUCACUUUUGUCUGGAAUUUGGCCGCGAAAUGGUUUUGAUGGAAUGUUUGCUUGAAAGUGAGCCAGCAUGUAGUGCGGAAGAAAUUGACGAGCAGUGCACUCGAUGUAAGUCGAAGUUGACUUUCAACAGAAUAUGCACUCGAUGCAGGACUCCUGUCUUUGCGAAGUUGGAAUUCAGGCCAAGAUGUUUCAAAAAAAACUGCCCUGGCACGACUCGUCUACAAGACAACAACGGGCUCUUGCAUCGCUGUUCAAGACAACAUUGUGGCUCAUGCACUCAGUACAAUACGUCCGUAAACCUCGAGCGCGAAAAGAAGCACAUGUGCCCUAGCUGUGUAGGCCAGGUGUUGGACUACAAUCGUCGUUGUGGAAAUUGCCAUGUCUUUUAUCAUCCUCACAGUGAACAUGCGACCUUUUCUGUUUGUCCAAUCGAUAGGUGUGCACUUGAUGCAUCAACUGGAAAUUGCGGCAACUGUGGAUGUAUCUGGAAACCAUUUCCGAAUUCUCAAGAAGGCAUUGUGAAACUUCGAUAUGAUGGCAAUGGAGUCGUGCUAUUUGGGAGCCAGCAUGCUGUCAAUGUUCCAUCGUCGUUGUCCGAUCCAAAUCAUUUUGGCCACUUGGCUUGGCAGUACUGUGAAUUCAAGGCAACGGGGGGAGUUGAACGGGAGCCAGACAGCACCGGGGAUAACGUUGGUAAGCCAACGGAACGAUCUGGUGGGAUUGCAGCAUGCCCGGCCCCGUUCCAAGCGAGCGGUAUGACAUUGAAAAAAUCGUCUACUUAUACUUUUCAUGUUGGUGGUGGUGGUGGUGGUUCCGGUACAACAUUGCCAAAAUCGCCAUCGAAUCCAUUUGUCGUUGGUGGUGCUGCUGCUGGCACGCCAUUGUCAAAAUCGCCCACGAAGCCGUUUACAUUUACUUUUGGUAGUGGUAGCACAACAUCGCCAGAACAGCUUGCCUUUGGUGGUGGUGGUUCUGCUGCUGCUGCUGACAAUGAAAGCGAGCCCAAGUGGUGCUGA